UUUUUUUAUAAUAGCUCUAGCUCUCCAUUAUUUAUAUAAAUAAUUCUUGUAUGUAGUCCAAGUUUGAAAAAAAACUGUAAUUUAAAUGAGCUGUUUUCGAGUAUUCCUCUUUAGACAAAAGCCGGUUUGGAAACAUUUUUAACCAUGUGAAAAUCGGACUUGACAAAAUAAGUGCGUGUGAGCAAACAAUCAAAUCAAUACGGCGUUGUUCAAAGUUAUGGCGAAGAACUUUCAAAAAUCUCAUUAUAGUACGUCCCCGUGGCAGAGGUGAUAGGCUUUCAUUUAUAGACUAUCAUCGAUGUGAGGCAAAUUUUUGAUCGUAUGAUGGAGCAAGACACAUUGGUGUGGAACGACACGGAUGUAGCUGUAGCCAGUCAACAUAUUCUUAAUUCGGAGGUUUAUGGUAUAUUAUAUCGAGACAUUUAGCAAGCAAGCUACUAACGAUCUAACAUCGAAAACAUUGCUGGCGGUAUGCAAGAACGAUCAAAGGAGCUACGUCUUACUGUGUCCUGGACCCAGUCAAAGUUUCAGAUUCAAGACAGUUGUCAACGUCGGACUAUGUUGGCAUGUAAGAGGCGCCUAACUACCAGUAAAGUGCAUGAAGACUCACAUCCACCGCUCUUGGUAGCUUUCCCCAACUGCAACACUCAUCGGGAGCAGCAACAUAAGGAGGAACAUAAAGUUCAGCUAUACUCUGGAAAACCUUUAAGCAUUAAACUAUACGUGCCAGGAAGUGUUGAGAGUAUUCCGAGAAUUCGCCAUAAGACGCUUAAGACGACGAAUAAACCAGCUAUGCAUCGAAAGUCUAAAAGCAAAAGCAAGUUUCAAGCUUUCAACAACCUUACACCGCUUUGUUCAUCAAGUAAAAGCCAACCAUCCGCGAAGCAAUCAUCUGCACUGGUGGAAGCAGGGAUAGAAUCAAAGGCAUCACCGCAUUUUCUUGGUAAAAAGAGGAUUAAGAACAGAAACUGCUUUUUAUCUUCGCCUCAGACAUCACCGGUGAGAUGGAAAAUGAUGAUUCCAUUUCCAACAUUUGGCGCCACAUCCUUUGUUACGCUGCUCACUUUAAUUUGUAUGGAAACGGUUCUACUCUCCACCAUGUCCAGUUGCGCCAAGACCUUUUACAUGCAUUGGAACACAUCAAACAGCAUAUUUCGGAUUGAUAACACAGAUCAUAUAAUCGAUGUUAAUAAAGGCAAUCUUGCUUUUGAGUUCGACCAGGUGCAUAUAAUAUGCCCAGUAUAUGAGCCAGGGACUUUUGAGAACGAAACUGAAAAAUAUAUAAUUUACAAUGUGUCUAAAGUGGAAUAUGAAACAUGUCGCAUAACAAAUGCAGAUCCGCGAGUAAUAGCUAUAUGUGAUAAACCUCAGAAAUUAAUGUUUUUUACAAUAACUUUCCGGCCAUUUACACCGCAGCCAGGUGGCUUGGAAUUCCUACCUGGAAAUGAUUAUUACUUUAUUUCUACAUCAUCUAAGGAUGAUUUAUAUCGAAGAAUUGGUGGUCGAUGCUCUACAAAUAACAUGAAAGUAGUCUUUAAAGUGUGUUGUGGUCCCGAGAACAAGAACAAAACCAAGGCGAUAAGCAAUUCUAAAUCUGGUACAGACACUAGAGGAGCCAUCAAUGUCAAUUUAGCGAAUAAUGAUGAUAGUCAUGUUAAUAGCCAGGGCAAUAACAUAGCUAUUGGAACCAACAUUGGUAUAAAUGGAGGCGUAAUUAUAGGGGGACCUCAGUCACCAGGAAUACCAAUUAAUCCACUCAGCGGGAACAGCAAUCUAAAUGGCAUACCAACCACUAUUAAUUCAAACAUUGAUCAAUUUAAUCGGAUACCAAUACAGCCAAACAUAAUCGGUAAUCAUGUAGGAACUAAUGCCGUUGGACCUGCAAUCGUUGGUGGUGGAGGGAUUAUAUUGACACCAGGCCAUGGUCAUGGCAACAUUAAUAUGCUACAACCAGGACGUGGUGGAAUAAAUGGAGCAUACCCCGGUCAUCACCACAUCCAAACUGGGAUACGGAUAAACAAUGUGCCUACGCAACACAGCUAUCCAUCCCAUAAGGGUAAUGCUAACAGUAAUAUUAACGGAAACGAUGACCACCAUCAUUACAACAAACAUCCCAACGAGGUUGUUAAAAAUGAAGAGCUGACAUAUAAUAGUGGCACAGCGACAUCGGAUGGUCACUUCUUCGCUUUAUGGACUUGGAUCUUUUCGACUUUACCACUGUCAUCUAUUCAAUCUUGCCAUUUGCGUGCAUAUUGGAUAAACUCAUCAUUUUUAUUCAGCAUUUUUGCGAUCCUUGGCAUCCAUUAUUUUGUUCAAAGCUCGUUUCAAACCACGUUGCGGUAUAGACCUGAAAUGGUUAAAAUCACCGCAACCACUAAAAAUGGGUUGUUUUGCCAGAAAGCCGACAUAUUUAAAUAUGACCGGUGAAUUUUUAUGAACAUUCGACUUUGUGUUACCAUGUUCAACGUUAUUUUUAAGAAUACCAAUAUCACACAAUAUUAUUUGUCGCUCUUCUCCGGCUAUUGCUAUAUAAACAGUGAUAAAAGUAGUGGAUUGGAGAGGUUGGAAUCAAAUGAUAUGCUUACUGAUAUUGAUUUUGAUAUGUAAUUGCAAUUGAUCGAGUUACUACGACUCACAAUUUAAAAUAAUAGAUCAGAAAGAAAGGAGAAAGGUGAAAUAGAAUUUAUAAGUAAAGAAAUUAAAUAUACCAAGUACAUUAAAAUAUAGAUUUAGCGUUCUAGAUAUAACUAAUAUUGCCUAAGAAAAGACGAAGGAGAGGAAUGCUAUUACGAAACAGAAUAAUACAAAAGGCCAUUUGACACUGCCAGUGUCCCCUGACCGCUCUUUUUUAUUGUGUCCUUCUGGUGUUCUGAAAUUACUUAUAGCUGUAUGUGUGGGACAGAAAUAUAAUAUAUUCCCAUUUAUAACAAAAAAUGGUAAAGCGAUGUAGCAAUUGCAAAACCAUUACAGCUAUAGCUUUACCAGUCCUCGUAACUCGUCAUUUAAAAUUAUCAUUCCGAUUUUCUUGUUUCUUACCAUACUGAAGGAAAUGUCAAAAGGAAAUAGUUAAAAUAUACUAGAAAAAAGAUAACGUACGGGUUUAGAAUGGUUUAAUUUAAUUUCAAUUUCCCAUUACAAAUCACUAUACUGUUUGAAAAAUAAGUUAUCCUGUACGAAGGAUAUUUCGACU